CUUCACCAGCUUCUCCACUGGUGAUGGUGGUUCUCCAUGGCGCGUGUCAUUUCUCUCCCUCCAAAUGGAGUGGAUAACAUUUUGAAAAGUGUAGUUGAGCAAAAACAAGUGAGUCUUGUCCAAAUUGUUUCCUGUGAGUAGGUGUAUCACUUGCGUCCAGUCCGUGGUGUACUUGUGCUGAAGAAGUCGGAUAACCAGCGACUCCCAAACCUGCCGCGAGUAUGGACAGUCGAAGAACAAAUGCGCUCUUGUCUCCGUUGGGUUAUUGCAGAAAAUGCAUCCUGUAUUUGCAGUGGUGUUCCAUGUUGCCAUCUUUUCUCCUGUUGCGAGUCUGUUCUUCACCAUCAACCGUGGAGUUGCUUGAGGGAACCAGAUCACUCUAGCUUCUGCCAUAAUUGGGUGCACACUAUGGAUGUGGAACCAUGUGUCCUUUGACACGAACUUCUUGUGAUAUGUAUUACUUUUGCGUUUCCACAAAGAAAUAUCCUGUCGAUCAUGAACACGAGCCAAUUGUUUCUUAUGGAUUUCGUCUUCUAUCAAACAGAGGAAGCUGUUACGUGUUCUCCUUCGUCCAGUCAUCUCCAUUGCUUCAGCUACCGUACUUGAGAUUGGUAUUCCCAUAGUCAUGCAGCCACGGUCCCCCACUGCCUCAUACAGACGGCCCAAAGAGCUCCAGUUGUCGAACCAGAACGAAGUGGACUCGCCGUUAUGUACUUCUACGCAGUGAAACUGUUUUGCUAGAUCCCGAUACUUCAGAAGCUUCUUCCAUAUCCAAGAACCAACCACAGUGUUUUGUUUCUCUGACCAGAAAGAUCCACUGCGAAUGAGGUGGUGGUGAACCCAGUUAACCCAUAGCGAGGUCUUGGUAGAUAGAAUUCGCCAGAUCAACUUCAGAACGCUUACAGUGUUAGAACAGUACAGAGAACUCUUGUGGAAGCUUGGGGUUUGAUUAGAGAAACAUUCGUCGACCCAACUUUUAAUCAUCAGGAUUGGGAUUCUAAGUUGCAGCAGACAAUGGUGGAAAUGUUUCCUUUAAGAUCAGCUGAUGCUGUUUACGGAAAGAUCAAAGCUAUGCUCUCUACGCUUGGUGAUCCCUUUACUCGACUCAUUAGCCCAAAGGAGUACCAAAGUUUUAGAAUUGGCAGCGAUGGAAAUCUCCAAGGUGUUGGCCUUUUCAUAAACACAGAACCAAGAACAGGUCACUUGGUUGUUAUGUCUUGCAUAGAAGGUAGCCCGGCAGAUCGUGCUGGAAUAAAUGAAGGCGAGGAAUUAGUCGAGAUAAAUGGUGAGAAAAUGGAUGGUAUUGAUAGUGAAGCAGCAGCACAGAAGCUGAGAGGCCGAGUUGGAACGUUUGUUACCAUAAAACUUAAAAGUGUGAAUGGAUCAGGGACAGAUUCUGGUAUCAGAGAGGUCAAGGUACCCCGAGAUUACAUUAAGCUAUCUCCAAUAUCCAGUACUAUAAUCCCACAUACAACACCUCAUGGACGUUUAGGAAAGACUGGUUAUGUCAAACUCACAGCAUUUUCUCAGACUGCAGCAUCCGAAAUGGAGCGUGCUGUACAUGAGAUGGAGAAUCAGAAUGUUCAGUCAUACAUUCUAGACCUAAGGAACAAUCCGGGAGGUCUGGUUAAAGCUGGACUCGAUGUUGCACAAUUAUGGCUUGAUGGAGAUGAGACCCUUGUAUAUACAAUUGACCGGGAAGGGGUUACAUCACCUAUAAAUAUGAUUGAUGGACACGCCGUGACACAUGAUCCACUUGUCGUGCUUGUGAAUGAAGGAAGUGCGAGUGCAAGUGAGAUUUUAGCAGGUGCCUUACACGAUAACGGUCGAGCUACACUUGUCGGUAACCGGACAUUUGGGAAAGGAAAAAUUCAGAGUGUAACGGAGCUAAACGAUGGGUCGGCUUUGUUUGUGACGGUGGCUAAGUAUUUGUCUCCGUCUCUACACGAAAUUGAUCAAGUAGGGAUUGCACCUGAUGUACAUUGUACCACGGAUAUGAUCGAUUCUUUGACCGGUGAGAUACAUAAGAAGGUGAACAGUUCGGUUCCAUUGCUUGAAGCAGACUCAUGUGUUGUGGUUGCUGAGCACGAACUUGAGACUCGACGAUCUAAUGGAACAGCUUCUUGAGGGGUUUUAUCGUGAAUUAAUAUAGGACUAGUUUAUGGUGUGGUGUAUAUAUUGAUAGUCACUGGUCCCAUGUAUAAAUCUAUUUGGCACUUGUUGCCGUGUGUAUAA